AUGGAGAAUCACUUCAGGUCUUUCAUGCGGGUCAUUCGCAAGAUUGACGACGCAGACGAGCUCAUCCAAUCGUUCUUAGCAUCCGAGGAAUUCAUACUCUCUCAGAAUGAUGCCUCGCCGUCACUCGCUCCCCAUGAUCAGGAGCGUUUGCUCGACUUUCCAAAUGCCGAAACUCAAGCAGCGAACAUUGCUGAAUCGACUAAGCUAUCCAAAGAAGAUCUCCUUGAGCGUGCUGUCGAGUCACCCUCGCAGCUGACCGCCGCAGAGAUCUCUCUGCUCAAGAACCGCUACUGUAUGGAUAUCUCGCCAGACGAGGAACAUGAAGUCUCACGGGCAGCCGGGCUGAUCAUGGGACCCAAUAGAAUCUCAGAAGAGGAGUAUGAACAAGCCCAGAAGCGUCUCGGGGCGGAGGACAAAGGGGAGAAGGUUUGGGGGUAUGGCAUGUUCAUCGACCCAAAGGCGUUCGCCAACGACGAAGAAGCCGAUAGGUACAUGGCUCGGAGAGAUGGCGUUCUAUUCCACGCUCGCGACGCGGUUGGGGCGGGAAGCAGUGCCAUCAAUAACAAGUGGAAGUUGCAGAAGCUUGAGUGGCCUACCAGUGAUGCUGCAGGUGGCGGCAAGGAGAUGAGCGCCAGACAAGCUGUUGGUCGAGGCGACGCAGAAGAGGAUACUAGUGAGCUGACUAUUGACGAGGACCAGAGAGGUGGAAGAGAGGACGAAGAGAGACUCGCCAGCUUCCGCAUCUUGCGUACAAGGUUCAAGUCCAUCCGAGACAGAGGCACAAGGAGUCAAACACAAGAAGGGAUCGUCUCUGGCGCACCUGUGUAUUCAGAAACCAGUGCUCUAGAAGGCGGCAUUAUACGAAACGUCUUUCUGAUGGUAGACAAGCCAAGCGUCAAAUCGGUCCUUGGUGCACAUAGGCUCGUCGACGACAUGUGGGUUUGGGCUGUUGACCCUGGCCACGACGAUGUGGACGAGACACUUACCACAAACGAUGAACCACGGCAAUCAGAGACGCCCAGAAGAUACAGAGGAUUCAUGCGUGUACGGCUGCAACAGCUUGUCAAUAACUUCUAUGACGUGCGACGCUUUCACCAGAGAGAGUACACAAUGAAGGAACUCUGGGAAGCCGCUCAGAAGAGCAAGCAUCAAGCCUUUGUUUCAAUCCAUGAUGUUGAGGCCCGGAUUUGGAGUAUUGAUCGGUUCGUGGGAAGUGCCAUGAGAGCGCAGCCACCGCGGAUUGUAUACGGACCUAUACCAACGACUUCUGCCGAAAAGUUGGUUCACAAAUAG